AUGAACCCGGAGGUGCCGGAUACACUGAUGGACGCAUUGCAAAGUGCGUCCAUCUCAGAGGAACAUCGUACCUUAAUGGGUACGGUUGUUAUCUCAACGGCGACUGCCCAAGCUGCGGAAGUUGCAGAUUUAAAUCAUAAACUUGAGUUAGCUGAUGAGGACAUUACUCUUAUUAACAGGCGGCUCGACGAGGCACAAGACGGUGCUACCGCGGUUGAGACCCUUCAGGCCGAGCUUGCCCGGGCCAAGGAGCAGGCCAGAACUAAGCUCAGCGACCCAAAGUAUGCUCUGCUUAAUCAAUUGUGGAGUUCUCCAGACGCGUUCUUGGACCUGCCGAAGAGUGUCUCCGACGCGACGCAGUUCUUCCAAGCACAGGAAGGACGUGCUGCGGAGAAGCUUUUCUGGACUCCCUCACUGGCCCUCGCCGAUUUCGUGGCGGAGUGGAAAGACACCAAUGAGGAGGAGCACCAUGAGUACAAGUCCCUCCUACCUGGGGAUGAGGCGCCGGUUGGUUGGACCAUGCACUUCGAUGGCGCCCUCUCCACGCAGGGCGCGGGGGCAGGAGUCGUGCUCGUCUAUCCAGCCAACGACAAGCUUCAUUAUGCCGUCCAGCUACGCUUUCAACACGGCGAGAAGGUCUCCAACAACACCGCGGAGUACGAGGGCUUGAUCGCCGGUCUCAAGGCCGCCUCUGCCUUGGGAAUCAAACGCCUCACCAUCAAGGAAUAG